UAUGUAUUUGACCUUUAUCACUGUUGUAUUGUCCGCGAUAUUACAGAGAGGAUUACUUACAGUCAUUCCUGUCACUCCGUAUAAUCCAUGGGACUGUGUGCCGUGUAAAGACGGUAGUGCCUGUGUCUAUUUACACAAAUUUUGUGAUGGUUCAAGGGAUUGUGACAAUGCAGAAGAUGAAAACACAGAUAUUUGCAAAGCGAUGCCAUGUCCAGGAGUAACUGAAUUUGACGCAUGGCGUUCUGGUAAUCAUAAAAACGUAAAAUGCAAUGACAUGAUUCAAUGUUACCCAGACAAUGGACUCUGUGAUGGACAUAACUCAUGUAAUGAUGGCACAGACGAGAAGGAAUCAUUUUGUAAAGAAUAUCAAUGUCCUCAAACAAAAGUUAAAUGCCAAGAUGGAUUACAGUGCAUCCAUAGACAUUCAAUGUGUGUCGGAGAUGCUGCUCAGUGUGAUGAUGGAUCUGACGAAUCAGAGGACUAUUGUCAAAGUAAGCAUACAUGCUGAAGUACAUAAUUUACCCCUUUUGGAAAUACGUUAUCAAUACUUUAUUACUUACAGUGAGAAGAGAC